UUAUUUUUCAUCUUGCAAUGCUCAAAAAGUCCACUAUUUUGUUGGAAGAUGAAACAGAAUGAGAGAGACAGAAGAAAGAUGUUUCAUUUCUGAAAUCAAGAACCAUCAUCAUUCAUCACCAGACAAAGAAUUGUUCAAUUUGACAAAAUCCAUACCCUUUUGUCAAAAAUCAAAAACACAUGUGUUGUUGUCUCUCACUUGCUUCAUCUUAUGCCUCUGAGAAGAUAGCUUUAAACCCAUAUGAGCGAAUCUGGUUCUGUUUCUCUGGCUAAUGAUGAUUCACGAGAUUGAGAUUCCUUAAAAGUUUUGAUUUUUGUUCUUCUUUUUUAUAGAUUGCUUCAUCUUCAAUUUUCACUUUUCUUUUGUAUUAAAUAAUUUCUUGUUCCGAGGGGUUUUCUUGUUUCUGACAAAUAAAAACCUUUCCUUUUCUCUCUCUGCUGUGAACUAACAUUAAUCAAUUAUCUGUCUCUGAGUUUUUAUGACAACUCAAGUUGUCUUCUUGUUGAGAGUUCUGCAAUAAUUAUAAUAAUGAUAAGUUUAGUGUUCUUUUUCCUUUGUUCCUAACUACCAUUCUUUUACAUUGGAUACGUUGAGUUUGUUGUCUUUGUCUCCAUUCCACUUCCACUUCCUCUUUGUUUGUCAGAAAUUGGAUCUCGUUCAAGUCAUCUAAGAAAAAAAAUGUUAAUUUCAGCUGAAAAAGGAGAGAUCUUGAUCCCUCAAUCUCCAGUUAGCUCAAUGUCUGUUCCUGAAUCUAUUGAAUCAGUUGUUCCUUUGGUCUAUACUGAUGUAAAUGUUGUUCCUGAACAUGAAAGGAAUCAGCUUGAAAAGUCAAUUUCAAACCUUGAAGGGGAAGUUUUGGAGUUGAAGUCAAAGCUAAAGUCAUUGGAGGAAAAGAGAAGGGAAGUUCUGAAUAAGAUUAUAGACACUAAAGGAAGUAUACGUGUGUUUUGUAGAGUUAGGCCAUUUCUAUUGACGGAAAGGAGACCGAUUAGGGAACCUGUUUCGUUUGGACCGGAUAAUAUUGUUAUAAGAUCUGCUGGAAGUCGAAAGGAAUUUGAGUUUGAUAAGGUUUUUCAUCAAUCAGCAACUCAAGAAGACGUUUUCGGAGAAGUGAAACCGAUUCUUAGAUCUGCUCUUGAUGGUCACAAUGUAUGUGUCUUGGCGUAUGGUCAAACGGGGACUGGCAAGACUUUCACCAUGGAUGGCACAAAUGAGCAACCAGGUCUUGCUCCUAGAGCUAUUAAAGAGCUUUUCAAUGAAGCUUCAAUGGAUCCUACACAUUCUGUGACUUUUAAAAUGAGUAUGUUGGAAAUCUACAUGGGUAACCUGAAAGAUUUGUUGUCUGCAAGACAGUCUUUGAAGUCAUAUGAAGCCUCAGCUAAAUGCAACCUUAAUAUUCAAGUAGACUUAAAGGGUUCGGUCGAAAUUGAGGGUUUGACUGAAGUGGAAGUACCGGAUUUUACAAAGGCUAGAUGGUGGUACAACAAAGGGAGGCGAGUCAGAUCAACUUCUUGGACAAAUGUAAACGAAACUUCAAGCAGAUCUCAUUGUUUAACAAGGAUCACAAUCUUUCGUCGUGGGGAUGCUGUGGGGUCAAAAACUGAAGUUAGCAAGCUUUGGAUGAUAGAUCUUGGAGGAAGUGAGAGGCUCUUGAAAACUGGAGCUAUAGGGCAAACUAUGGAUGAGGGAAGGGCCAUAAACCUCUCACUGUCCGCUCUUGGAGACGUGAUUGCAGCGUUAAGGAGAAAGAAGGGACAUGUGCCUUACAGGAACAGCAAGCUAACUCAAAUUCUUAAAGAUUCUCUAGGUACUAGAUCAAAGGUUCUGAUGCUUGUGCACAUAAGUCCACGUGAUGAAGAUGUUGGUGAAACAAUUUGCUCUCUGAGCUUUACUAAACGUGCGAGAGCCUUAGAGUCUAACAGAGGAUUAACAUCAGAACUCCAAAAGCUAAGAGAAAAGAAAAUAUCGGAACUUGAAGUGGAAAUGCGAGAAACUCAAGACAACUGCAAGAAGAUCAAAGCGCGGUUACUGGAAGCAGAGUGUCUGCUUAAUGAAAACAAGAAACUCUUUUGGAUCACCAAUGAUAAGCAUCUAGAAGAUAUCGAAAAGAAAGUUCUUUCGCCUUUAGAUCAUCUACAAGAGACGGAUGCAACCCCAAAAUCAUCUGAUAAACUAGUCAAAAUAAGCAAGAGUUCUGGUUUUGUCCCACGUUUCAUGACUUCAACUGUUGCUAGUCGCCAAAGGCAAACAAUGUCAGAGAAGGAAAUCAAUGCAAAGGCUCAGAGCAUACGAUCAAUGGUUAAAAACCUUACUCAAUUCUCCACUUCUCAAUCGCUUAGCCUCUCUGACUCACGCAACAGAGUUCUCCUUAGAAGAUCAUACACAAAGCCGCUUCAAGCUACAGCUAACAGUGGAACAACACCAGAAACGCCUAAAAGACAUAUCAAGGAUAAUUCUUUACAGAGAAAGAAUAUGAAUGAUACUUCUUCACCAAGGAGCAAGAUGGUUACUUCAUCGGAUCCAAAUGUGAGAGCUAAACUGUGUCACCACAGACGAAGAAUGUCAAGCUUGACAUGAUAUAACAGUAAUCAGUCAAGAAAUCUUUCAUCUUUCUUUUCCAUCUCUUGUGAAAGUGCUGAGUAUGAGCCUGAGUAGGAUGAGGUUGAGGCGGCGUCCUCCAGUAGAGUAAGGACCAUUUGAACCUGAGUAAGGCGAUGGUCGACUCGCGAUUUUAGGAGCAUUUGAACUUGUGGAUUUUGCAGUUCUGGUUUUAAAAGGACACAGCCCUCAAGUUACUUUUUUUUUGCUUACAUCUGAGAGCAUGCCUAUAUGUUUUGUUUGUGAUUGUUUCUCAAAGUUUUCUUUGGGUUGGUGAUAGUUUGAUGUUGGAUGUUUUUAUGGGGUUCACAGAAACUGGAUCAUAAUUAAUAGUCCAGAUUCUGUCUUCUUUGGAGGGUUCAGAGAGAUGUGUGAAAAGGUUUGAGGGUUUUAUUUUGUCAUCGUUUGAAGUUCUUGAUGGCACAAUAGUGUUGUGGAUUUUGGCUUCAUUGUAUCUUACUUUUUUUGUUUGUUUGUAACAACUCUUUCUAUAUACUACUAGAUAAGGACCCGCACAUCGUGCGGGUUUUAAACUU